AAUAUUGUUAUUUUAUUAUCUAGACCUGUAACCAUAACCUAAAAAUACGAUAUUUAUUUAAUUGAUCAUGUUUUUAACACUAAAAUUGUUAGCUAACAGACAUCCCUCAUUCAUCGCUCGCACAGUCUUCGUUAAAAACAACAACGUUGAUGAUGCAUGCAGACUGGUUAAUAGGAUUUUAGGAAAAGAAGGCAUCUUGGAACAGUAUCGGCUUACUAGAUAUUAUGAAAAACCUUUUCAGACCAGGCGACGAGUAAAUCACGAAAAGUGCAAAGCUAUCUACAAUGAAGACAUGGAAAGAAAAAUUCAAUUUGUACUGCGUAAGAACCGUCAUGAACCAUUCCCAGGAUGCCACUAAAAUGUAGAUAAAACGUAGUUUGUAAAUGUAUUAUAUUAACAUAGAUAUGAAUAAAAGAUUGAAAAUUUA